GAAGACAUUCAGGCCGAAAUGGGGGUGCUGUCAAUUCGAUUAAAACCUAAUUUUUUGGGUUUAUUGCGAUCUUUGAACAGUAUAAACUGGUUUAUUGUGUUUUUUAGCUUAAUUAACCUAUCCGAAUGUAUUUACGAGGAUCAAAUCGGCAAAUUCGACUGGCGUCAAACCUAUGUCGGGAGGAUUAAGUUUUCGCAAUUCGAUACAGUUUCAACGGCAAAGAAAAUAAUUGUCGCUACGGAAGAGAAUGUACUGGCGGCUUUGAAUUUGAAGACGGGUCAAGUGGUAUGGCGUCAUGUAUUCGAGUCAGCAUCUGCGGGAAAUAUCCAGUUGCUCCAUGUCAGCGAAAAAGUGGUGACGGUGACAGGAGCUAACCCAUACCUUGUGCGGGGAUGGGAUUCUAAUACUGGUAUUCUGCUCUGGGAAUGGUCCCUCACACUCCAGAAUGAUGACCAGGCUGUGUUCUCCGAGUGGUGGGUGCAGAACAACAUGCUGGUGCACAUGUUGCCUGUGUUCGGCUCACAGAUUGAGGUCACCAUGUACAACUUGAUGACAGGACAGAAUAGAGGGUCCACUUCCAAGUUACCUGCACUCUGGACUAAUGAUGGCUGCCUCCUGGCUGCACCGCAUUAUGUCUGUGCUUCCGGAAAAAUGGGCAGCAAUCUCCUCAUCUCCCUCGAUGUCACCUCCCAAGCCGUCCAGAUCAUCAGCAAGCCAGUCUCAAAUUACAUUGACAUCGAAAAGUAUUCCGGUAACAUCCGGCCAUUGGAUGGCAACAGUGUGCUGCCUGGCUUUAUACUUGAGGAUUCCAAGAUAGUCCUGAUCAAAGACCAUGAGUUUGAGGUGCUCAAUGUGCCAUUGGCCCAUCCAUUGGCGAGUGUAGCGAUUGUUGACGGACCUAGUGGAUUAAUAGUCCUGCAAGUUUGGGGUGAUAGUGUUAAGGGUCUGUCGAUGUGUGCACACUCGUUGUCCGGCGCGGAGGAGGCGCGCGUGCGCGCGGAGCCGGGCGCGCCGCGGCCGACGCUGGCCAGCGCGCUGUGCGCGCGCGGCGCUCGCGAGCAGCUCGCCUGCCGCCUGCUGCUCGUGGCCGAGGACGACGCGGCGCUGCUAGUGCAGCAAGGAGGUCGCGUGCUAUGGACGCGCGAGGAGGCGCUGGCGAACGUGGUGGCGGCGCAGUUCGUGGAUCUGCCGGUGUCGGACCUCGACGCGGCCAUCGAGGCCGAGUUCGACCACAAGGAAGCUGCCAAGAUGUAUGGUUCGGUGUGGGCAGCGUUCACUCGACGACUCCGCACGCAGUACCAGCAGCUGCAGACGCUACUGCGGGGGCUGAGUGGCGAGCGCGCCACGAGUGAGCCCUCGCCACUCGUGCGCGACUACUUCAACCUGCACAAGAUCAUCGUGCUGGUGACCCGCGCGGGCAAGAUAUUUGGUAUGGACAACUUAUCGGGUGCGAUCCUCUGGCAGCGCUACGAGCCGCAGCUGGACGCGGAGGACGCGCGCACGUUCCUGCGCCGCGCCGCGCGCCACCCGCCGCACGACGCGUGCCUCACUAUCGUCGGCAAGCAGGAUAACGGCAAUGGGCUGGUGAUCAACUUAAACCCGAUCCGCGGGACAUCGACGGGCGAGGGCACUGUGCCGCUGGACUCGCGGCUGCUGCAGGCCGCCGUGCUGCCGCAGCCCGACCGCGACGGGCUGCACGCGCUGCUGCUGCUGGACGCCGACGAGACGGUGCAGAUUUUCCCGCUUUCCGCGGCGCCGCUAGUCGAGAACAUGUUUAUCUACGUAGCGGAUAGAAAUACGGCCAAGGUUCAGGGCUACGCUCUCCGAUAUGACGGCAAGACUGUAGUAGCGGAGAAGACGUGGUCGCUGAACCUGGGCGGCUCCGAAGGCUCCGGGCACCGCAUCGCCUCGGUGGUGGGCAAGCGGGCCGACGAGCGCGUGCACUCGCCCGGCCGAGUACUAGGCGACCGCUCCGUGCUCUACAAGUACUCCAACCCUAACCUCGUGCUGUUCAUCUCCGAGGGCCCCGACCCGCUGCACAAGGACGUAGUGGUAGCAACGCUAGUGGACGGCGUGUCGGGCGCGGUGGUGGCCGCGCAGACGCAGCGGCGCGCGCGCGCCGAGCCGCUCGCCGUGCACUCGGACAACUUCGUCGCCUACGUGUACUACAGCGACCGCCAGCGACGCUACGAAGUCUCGACCAUGGAGCUGUACGAGGGCAAGCAGCGCUGGCUACCGGCCGGGGCGGCGUUCAGCUCGCUGCGCUCCGAACGCGCGCCCUCUGUGGAGCGCCAGACGUACAUCCUCACCGCCGCGCCCACCGCCGCCGCCACCACGCACACCGAGCGCUCGCUCACCGACAAGCACGUGCUGCUGGCAUUAUCGACGGGCGCCAUAGUGGAGCUACCCUGGGCGUUCCUCGAACCACGACGGUCGGCGACGCUGAGCCCGGAGCAGCGCGAGGAGGGCCUCAUCCCGUACGCGCCGGAGCUGCCGCUGCCGGCCGAGGCCGUCGUCAACUACAACCGCUCGCUGCACCGCGUCGCGGCGCUGUACACUGAGGCCGCCGGCCUCGAGAGCACCAGCUUAGUGCUCGCCACUGGGCUUGAUCUGUUCUACACUCGAGUGGCGCCCUCAAAAACAUUUGAUCUCCUGAAGGACGACUUCGACUACUAUCUGAUCACGCUGGUGCUCGCCGGCCUCGUCGUGGCCACCUACAGCUCCAAGUACUUCGCCUCACGGAAAACCUUAAAGAACGCGUGGAAGUGAUGCUUUGUAAAGAAAUUUUGACUGUAUAGCUGAAGCGUUAGGGUUGAAAUUUGAAUGAUAGUGUUGAUUCAUAUUUUGAGCGUCCGUAUUGAGUCUAUUCAUUAAGACGCGCAAGUAAUUGGACUGGAUUUGUGUAAACCCUCAGUUAGGGAAAUAUCAAAUAGGGUCAGGUUAGUAGGUGUUAUCCUUCUGAUACAUCGACGGGUAGUUUGUAAGGUAUAAACUACUCAAUGUUUCUCCGUUUUGUUACCCAGUAAUAGUAAGUAAAUUGACUUUGCACCAGCAAAGCCAAGCAGUUUGAUAGUGUGCAAUAUUUAUUAUCAAUAUAAAAUAAAUUCUUAAUAUUCCUUAUACUCAAAAUAACACUUUCAUAUACAUUAUCAAUGAAUAAAUUGUAUUUAUACCAUAGAAUAUACAUGAUACUAAAUAGCGUUACCGAGCACUGUUCGAAACACCAAAUCACCUUGUCUAACAACGCCAUAUAACUUCAUAUAAAUGUGUUUAUAAAGUGUGAUUAAAUUAAGCCUCACGACGGUGCAUUUACUUUAAAAUAACACUGCCAUCUAUACAGUCCAGAUUUCAUUUCCAAAGCAAUUAUCAAGGUAGAAAUGUAACCGCAAGUGUUCCAUAAAUUGAAGUUAAGAGUGUAUACCGUCAGGUGACAACCAGAACUCACUAGUUACCACCACAAGUUCAUAGCCAUAGUGAACCAUAUUAGGACUAAAAUAAGGUUGAUUCUUGUUUAAGAAUUUUUUAGUAAUUAGUGAGUUUUGUUUGUCACCUGACGAUACCUAAUAUAUUGACUUGUUUUGUUGUAGUGUAGGACGAUUUCAUGGUCACAGUGAAAGCUACGGACUAUUUCGGGGCGAAGCGAUAUUGAAAUAGAUGAGCGUUGUGAAAUGGGGCACAAUUCGACAUUGUUUUUUGGCAGAAAGUGACAUCGUUAUUCUUGUUAAUUAUUAGGAUAUCAAGAGAUUGGCCAUAUCAUAUAGCCAGGCCUUUUAUUUUCUAAGAAUUCGAAUUGUAUUUAUCGUCGUUCUACUUUUAGUUAAAGUUACGACUUGGUCACCUUGUCGGUAGUAAACUAGGGCAGUAGCUAGGAUGCCAAAAGAUGGUAUGUGCUAGUAAAUGGUAAAGUUGCAAGCAACCUACCCUAGGCACCUAGGCAGAACAAUGACUUGCAUAAAGGUAACUAGCUACAGUAUCCUUCUACCGAGUACCGAUAGCACCACACGCCACUGCUCGCUCUAAAUAAUACACAUGCGUACUUAAAUACAUUAAAAUACCACAGAGCCAGGAAGUAAUUGUGCGUAACACGAAUAUUUGUAUGCCUACUGAUAUGUGUAUUUCCGGCUUAAAACAAGCUGAAUUUGAGCCCCUCACAUGAUUUGGCCUUAUACUAUAGUAGCUGCCAAAAAUUACUAGAGCGAUAAAAGCAUGUGAAAUUAUAUUAUCAGUUUUUAUAUACAAUAUAGUAAAAUUGUAAUUUAGCUAGCCCAAUUUAAGAAUAUUUAGUUUAAGCUAUUUACUAUUGGCCUGAAAAAAUGAUUGGUUUCGAAUAGACAAAUAUUUAAUUUACUUUGCUAUCCAUUCCAAUAUGGUCCUAAUAUCUACUGAUUUAAGUAGUCAUAUUUUAAUUUGUGUGUAUAUUAUAUGCACCACUGACUAUAUUAUAUCUAAAAAAAUCUUUAAAAAAGUUAAGGAUACACGCACAGUCUUAACUGUUCUGCCUAGAUCGACUGUUCGUUUCUCUAUAUUUCAAUACCGCUCGUACAUAUUUGCCCAUUAAAAGGUAUAAACAUACUUUUUAGGGUUCCGUACCCAAAGGGUAAAAACGGGAUCCUAUUACUAAGACUUCGCUGUCCGUCUGUCACCAGGCUGUAUCUCAUAAACCGUGAUAACUAGACAGUUGAAAUUUUCACAGAUGAUGUAUUUCUGUUGCCGCUGUAACAACAAAUACUAAAAACAGAAUAAAAUAAAUAUUUUAAUGGGGCUCCCAUACAACAAACGUGAUUGAUUAUUUUUGUCGUUUUUUUGCGUAAUGGUACGAAACCCUGCGUGCGCGAGUCCGACUCGCACUUAGCCGGUUUUUUUAUCUUAGAAUGAUAGAUUUUGCUAAAAACUACUAAUAUUUUUAAUCAUUAUGGCGAUUUCUCAUUUAAUGCAAAAGAAGCCCCUUUUCCAAACAGACCUUCAACUGACAUUCUGUGAUUCGGGCUGCGCCGCAGAUAUUUCAACUUUAUGAACCUUGUUUGUAACAGAACAGGCGUAUGUACACUGUGAAAUGAUUUGUAACAGUUACUCGAUUAAGAUCAUCAUGGUAAUUAAGUCCCUUUGAUAAACUUCCUGUGAAAGUUUGAGUUUUAGACUAUAGUGGGAAAAUAUUUAUGAGCGGUAUUAUGGUUUUGUAUUUGUUUGGGUGACGGUAACUGCCUUCUUAUUUUUUAUUAUUUAACUAUAUUCAUGAGGUUAUAUAUGCUAUAGUCCCAAUAUAAAUCAAUUUAAAUUAUUCUUAAGCGAUAUUAGUCAAGUGCGGAAGAAGCAAUUAAAAAUAAUGAAAUGGUUAAAUUAACGUAAUUUCUAAAGAAGAGACGCGUUCCACAUAGAUUUUCGUACAUUGAUCCGACUGUUGCUAUCUUUAUUGCACUCGCAUAAUUAUAUAGCUGUCCCGCUCAUGAUGCCGGUUGUCAAUGUCAAUGUGCGAGGUUGACAGCAAUAUAAUUAUGCGAGUGCAAUAGAGAUAGUAACAGGCGGGUACAUGUACGGAAAUCUGUAUGGAACGCGUCUCUUCUUUAGAAUAAGAUUAUUAUGAUGGUUACACUUUGCUUAUUAGGCUCCCGCUCCAUACUUUCAUAUAAACAAAGAAUAAUUAGAUUGCACUUAAUUUUUUGUUUACAUUUUAUACUUACAACUCUAUAUAAAUCAGAAAAAUAUAAGUACAGAAAGAGUGGUAUAAUAUAAAUAAUAUAUGUACUCCAUACAUCAGUUCCUUACCAAAACGCGCUCGCAUUAUUUCGUAGCCGACAUCUAGCGUCAAGUAGCGGAACUCUCAGUACCGCUACUCGACACUGGUGCCGAAAGUGUCGCGACUAACGAAAAGUGUAUUGCUCAACAAUUUAUAACUAAGUUGAAAAUUGAGUUCCGGUUACUCUGGUUAUAAUAUUAGUUGAAAAUCGUUGAGCAUUAGACUUUUUGUUUGCCGCUACAUCUAUUGUCGAGUAGCAGUACUGAGAGUUCAGCUACUUGACGCUAGAUGUCGACUACGAAAUAAAGCGCGAAAACUGAUGUAUGCCUACCACUCUUUCUUUACUUAUAUUUCUCAGAUAUAAAUACAAAAAAUAGUGUAACUAAAUAUCACUCUUGCUCACACAAUACGUUGUUUUAGUGGUUAAGGUUAAGUAUUACAAAUUUGUUUAUUUAUGAAAUGUUUUUACGUUAAAUAAUUACGAUUAUUGUAUUUUAUCUUUACCCCACUACGGUACCUACAUUAUGUGACUCCCAUA